AUGGCUCAGGCAGAGGCUUCAUCCGGCCACUCCACGUCCCUGGAGGGGGCCGCGGUCUCUUCCCACCUCUACGGCUAUCUCCAGACAUUGUACCAUAAGUCCACGGCUCUUCUCAAUGCACGGACAUACAAGGAAGAAGAAUGCCCACUGUGUCGCCCAUAUUUCGAAUCAUUUUCAACCAGCACUGUGCUCAAUCAGGCUGCCCUCUCUCCGGAAGCACAGGAACGUUGCCACGGCUGCUGUGUGGUGGGGUUCGCCAUGUCCUUUUUUGCGCACAUCAUUGACAAGAAGGGGCAAGGACUUCGUAGCCAACAUUGCUACAUCGAUCCAUAUAUAGGUCGCACAGAAUUCGUUCUGAGCGUCUUAGAGAGCGAUGGCAGUUUUAUUGAAGCAACGCUAGAAAUGCUCAAAACUACUCAAUCGAACAAAGACGACUCCUGGGCCCAGUGGCUAUUGGGGUCUCUCCGAGCCAGGCGGCGAGAACACCAGCCUCUCUAUAUUGAGAGAGCAUUCGAAACACAUCCAAUCUCAGGCAACACCGGAUCUGCGGCGGCGUUCGAAAGGGUCUACUCUUGGUUUCAGGUCUGUUCUGCAAGUCACCAAGCUUGUGGUGACAAUCACCACCCGCCAUCACUACCUACGAGGGUCAUCGAUAUAGCCGAUAGGAAUAAUAUAAGACUUAUUGAAGGCGAGAGCUCUCAAAGUCACUACAUAUGUCUUAGCCAUCGGUGGAUGGAUGCAAAUAAGAUGCCACGAUGCACUCAAGCAAAUAUCGACUCCCUGAAACAGCAUAUUCCUUGGGAAUACCUCACUCAAAGUUUCCAAGAUGCUAUUUUAUUUGCCCAGGAAUUCUCGAGCUGGUAUGUUCAGCAGUACCCUGGCCAAGACCCGAUACGAUACAUAUGGAUUGAUAGCCUUUGUAUUAUUCAAGAUAGUGCUGAAGACUGGGAGAAGGAAGCAAAUCUUAUGUGCUCGAUAUACGAAGAAGCUAUCUUGACUGUAGCUGCUGCGUCUGGGGUGGACGGCUGCUUCUCUGAGGCAGAGAAAAUCUUCAAGGGGUUUGAAGUUUCGAAUCCUCAGCGGCCCAACCCAAGGUUGUAUUUGCGAAAAGGACUGCCAUAUCAUGGCGAGCAAGCGCCAAGAGAAAAGUCCAGCGCAGCCCAUGCAUUCUCUGGUGGACUAGACUUGUUCACUAGAGGCUGGGUCAUGCAGGAGAGGCUAUUAUCUCGAAGAUUUGUGAUAUUUAGCCCUAACGAAAUUAUGUGGGAGUGCUUUGAAUCCUCAGAUUGUGAAUGCGGAAGGCUGUCGGAAGGGAUCAAGAGAGACGUGCUUGAAGGACGUACAGAGUGGCAUUAUAAUUUGAGACGGACGAUCCACGAAUACAAUGAACAAAGACGAACAGAAGACCCGAACUACUUACUUGAUCCGAUGGCAUUCAAGGCUGCUUAUCAUACGACCUUAAAAGGUGGAGACAAACACCACAUGCGCAAUCUUAGAGAUUGGUGGCGUCGGCUGGUAGAAACCUACUCGUCCCUGAAUCUGACGAAGGAGUCCGAUAGACUUCCCGCCUUGCUAGGACUGGCCACUCAAUUUAAGCGGAAAACUGGUAUGGGGGAAUACAUAACUGGCUAUUGGGUAGCUAGCCUACCGUUCGAUUUAGCUUGGUAUUCGGCUACACCCGCCGAUGGCCUCCCUGAUCAGGAUCGGUCUCAACCUAUUUCAUCAUGGUCAUGGGCAUCUUGUGCUAGCCCAGUUCGGAUGCCACGGGAAGCAACUUCCGAUAACUUUGUAGCAUGCGCACAGCUAAACUCGAUAUCCUCCACGGGUUCCGUCGUCACUUUGAACGUUAGAUGCUCUAUCUUUACAGCUACAACCGACCAUCUCAGGGACAGCAAUUUCCCGCUCGUCGGUGACUACUAUCCAGACUCGGCUGCGUCCCCCACAGUGCCAGCCAACAAAAGGAUGUAUGCUCUCAUAAUUAAUAGUGUGGAAUUAAAAUGGUGGGGUUUUCUACACAUCCAAAUCGCCGACCAUGGCAAAUUGAAAUUCCGACGUUUAGGCAUGUUCAUUUUAAGUGCCAGGGAAAAUCUCCCCCAAGGGCAGAGCGAAGCAAUUACUACCCUCACUCUGCGCUCCUGCUUUAACACUGAGAUCAUUCAGGAAAUAGAGUUAAUUUAG